CCACCACUCUACGGUUACCUUCUAAACACUUUCCUACUUAAACGUGCUCUCACCCUUUUUUUCAAUCAUCCAGAAUCAUUUUCCAGCUUUACUCUUUUGUUUGUACUCACACAUUUUCUCUUGUAACCGCUUUCGCUUUCGCUUUCACCACUAUGUCUCGCCGCGGUGGAGGAAAUCAUUCUGAAAAUCGCCGGAGUCAACCAUCUCCUGCACAUUCUCAACAAUCAUCCGUCAAUGCUGCAGGAUCGGGCCGUGGUAGUGGUGGCCGUGGCUCUCGCGGUGGUCGUACUGCCGGUCCUCCUCCGUCGUAUGCUCCAGCACCAGUUACCUCUCCUCCAUCUGUUGCAGCUGUUCGUCCAUCCGUUGCAGCGCCUGUUGCUUCCUCGAGCUCGGCUCCGAUUUCCAUUGAGAGCCUGACUGCGGAAGUUCAACAAAAGGUUACUCUAGAGUCUGCUCCUUCGUCUCAGAAGGCGGUUAGGUUCCCUAACCGACCUGGUUACGGUCAAUUGGGAAGGAAAAUUCAAGUUCGUGCUAAUCAUUUUCAGUUGCGAGUGGGUGAUAAGGAUCUACACCACUAUGAUGUAUCUAUUUCUCCAGAGAUUACUUCAAAAAAAGUGUGUAGAGAAAUCAUCAACCAGUUAGUGAAAAUGUAUAAGGAAUCCCAGUUAGAUAACCGCAUACCUGCUUACGAUGGGAGUAAAAGCCUGUAUACUGCUGGCCCAUUACCUUUUACUUCCAAGGUUUUUGUGGUUAACUUGACAGAUGAAAAUAGAGGGUCCUCUUCUGAUUCUGAAAGGAAGAAGCGUGAUCGGGAGUUUAAGGUUACUAUAAAGUUUGCUACCAAGCCGGAUCUCUACCACCUUACUCAGUUUCUCCGUCGGUUGCAGCUGGAUUGUCCUUAUAACACCAUUCAAGCUCUUGACAUUGCUUUGAGGGCAACAUCAUCUGAAAAGUAUAUUGUUGCUGGGAGAUCUUUUUUCUCUCCGAGUUUGGGGCAACCGGGUCCUCUUGGUGGGGGGACGGAGUAUUAUAGAGGUUUCUAUCAAAGCAUUAGGCCAACUCAAAUGGGGCUUUCCCUCAACAUAGAUGUAUCUUCAAGAGCUUUUUAUGAACCAAUUCUUGUCACUGAAUUUGUUCGCAAGCAUUUUAAUUUGAAUUUUUCAAGGGCACUGUCUGAUCAAGAUCGUCUCAAGAUCAGGAAAGUCUUGAGAGGUGUCAAGGUAAGACUAUCUCAUAGUGGGAAAAUAAGGAGUUGCAAGGUGGCCGGUCUCUCAAGAGAACCACUCAAAGACCUAACGUUCACUCUUGAAGACAAUGCGAAUAGGAAAAAAGUAAUUGAUUAUUUCCAUGAGAAAUACAAUAUUGUAUUAAAGUAUCCACUUCUUCCUGCUCUCCAAGCUGGAACUGACUCGAGACCUACUUAUUUCCCCAUGGAGCUCUGUCAAAUUGAGCCUGGACAGAGGUACUCCAAAAGAUUGAAUGAAGAACAAGUAACUGCUCUUUUAAAGGCUACUUGUCAGCGUCCUCCUCAGAGAGAAAGUGAUAUUAAACAUAUUGUGAUGCAACACCGUUUCAACGCGGAUAAUGUUGCGAAAGAAUUUGGAAUAAAUGUUAGGGAAGAGCUUGCCCUUGUUGAUGCUCGCGUGUUACCUCCUCCAACGCUCAAAUAUUGUGGAACUGGAAGUGAAUCAAAAAUUGACCCUCGGAUGGGUGCAUGGAAUAUGAUUAAUAAGAAAAUGGUUGAUGCCGGCAAGGUGCAGUUUUGGACUUGCGUUUGCUUUUCACAAAGAAUGGACCCAACUCAAUUUUGUGACCAAUUGGUUAAUAUGUGUCAAAGCAGGGGAAUGCGUUUCAACCCAGAUCCUUUGGUACCAAUAUUCCCAGGGAAUCCAAAUCAAAUUGAAAAAGAGCUUGUUGAACUUAAUAAGAGGUGCAAGGAAACACUUGUUAGGACAAAGCAGGAGGGAAGGUUGCAGUUAUUGAUUAUAAUUUUGCCUGAUUUUAAGGGUAGAUCAUAUGAUAAGAUAAAGCGUGUAUGUGAGACUGAAUUGGGAAUAAUUUCCCAAUGCUGUCAACCCAAACAAGCAAUAAAGAUGAAUAAACAAUAUCUUGAAAAUUUGUCUUUAAAAAUCAAUGUCAAGUGUGGAGGCCGUAACACGGUGUUGAAUGAUGCAUUUGAGAAAAGAAUUGCCCUUGUAAGUGAUAGACCAACAAUAAUAUUUGGUGCUGAUGUAACACAUCCUCAGCCAGGAGAAGACUCAAGUCCUUCUAUAGCUGCAGUGGUUGCAUCAAUGGAUUGGCCUUGGGUCACAAAGUAUAGGGGAAUUGUUUCUGCGCAGAAUCAUCGUGAGGAGAUAAUUCAAGAUCUUUAUAAAACAAUAGUGCAUCCGCAGAAGGGAGUUCAGUUUGGUGGCAUGAUAAGGGAGUUAAUCUUGGCUUUUCACAAAUCAACUAGGCUUAAGCCUGCGAGGAUUAUAUUUUACAGAGAUGGAGUAAGUGAGGGACAGUUCAGUCAGGUUUUGCUUUAUGAAAUGGAUGCAAUUCGGAAGGCUUGUAACUCAAUAGAGGAAGGGUAUCUACCUCCAGUGACUUUUGUAGUGGUCCAAAAGAGACAUCACACUCGUCUCUUUCCUCUCAACGAAAGAGAGACAGAUAGAAGUGGAAAUAUUAUGCCAGGGACUGUGGUAGACACCAGCAUUUGCCACCCUAGGGAAUUUGAUUUCUAUCUUAACAGCCAUGCUGGAAUUCAGGGGACUAGUCGACCAACGCAUUACCACGUGUUGUUUGAUGAAAAUAGGUUCACUGCAGAUCAGCUUCAGAGCUUUACUAAUAACUUAUGCUACACCUAUGCAAGGUGUACUCGAUCUGUAUCAAUAGUUCCUCCAGCUUAUUAUGCACACUUGCUAGCUUUCCGCGCAAGAUACUACAUCAGUGAAGUCGAAAAUUCUGAUUCUGGGUCUGCAAGUGGGAAUAGGAAUGCCACCAACGUUGCGCCGACGCCGAUCCUGCCAUCUGUUUUGGAUAACAUCAAAGAUGUAAUGUUUUACUGUUGAUGUUGAUGUUGGCUUGGUGUACAAGUUUUGAAGAUCAAUUUAGGUGCUGGUAUACUUACCAUGCUUUUUUUGUGUGGAUAUAAGUCAUGUUUGCCACCAUGGGUGGAUGGGCCUUAUUUUGUUAAUUAUGGGUUAGAACUACUGAACAGCUUUUGGAUACAGAACAUGUUGGCACCUUGGGUGUUCAUAAAUAUUUUGAAGUUAAUUUUAUGGCAUGUCUGCCAUAACUUGCUCCAGUUUGAGAGUUAUUUAAACAGUAUGAAAUUAUAUGCAAGAAUUAGCCAAUUUUUAUUCAA